AUGUCGUCGUCAUCAUCAACUGCAGCAGAUGAAAAGAAGUCUCAAAUUUUACAACAAGAGUACAACAGGUAUCAGGAGCUAAUACAAGAGUUGGAAACGCAAUCAGGUACACUUGCUUCGCAAAUUCAAGAACACAUUAUUGUUGACCGCAGUCUUACAGCAAUAGCGCCUGAAAAGCGACACGGCCGUAAAUGUUUUAAAAUGAUCGGUGGGGUGCUAGUUGAGAAGUCAAUUGAUGAAGUAAUCAAGAUUUUGGCUGAUGAAGAGAAGCAAUUGACAAAACAGAAGGAAGCUGUUGAUGAAGAGUUGAAAAAGAAUAGAGCUACUCUAGAGAAAUGGAUCUCUUCAAACAAAAUUAAAGUUGUCAAAGGUUGA